CGGCGCCCAUGAGCCUGUUCGGGCACUACCGGGAGGCAGGGACGGGUGCCGAAUAGGGCUUCGCGGAACGUUCCGCCCGGCUCCGCGAGGAAGAUGCUGCGCGCUUCGAUCCGAGAGAUUUCUGCAGCACUAAAGGAAGGCCAAGUAAGUCCAACAGAGCUCUGUCAGAAGUGUCUCUCCCUCAUAAAAGCCACCAGAUUCCUUAAUGCGUACAUCACUGUAGCAGAAGAGACAGCAUUAAAGCAGGCUGAAGCAUCGGAAAAGAGGUACAAGAAAGGUCAGAGUCUAGGACCUUUAGAUGGUGUUCCUGUUGCUGUGAAGGAUAACUUCAGUACAGCUGGAAUUGAGACAACAUGUGCGUCCCUUAUGCUAAAAGGAUAUGUCCCCCCUUUCAAUGCAACAGUUGUCCAGAAAUUACUGGAUCAAGGAGCUAUACUUCUUGGAAAAACAAACCUAGAUGAAUUUGCUAUGGGCUCAGGGAGUACAGAUGGAGCCUUCGGACCAGUUAGAAACCCCUGGAGUUACUCUCGACAGUACAAGGGGAAAUGCCUGCAAAACCCUAAGGCUCAAAAUGAAGACGGCAACUGGUUGAUAACUGGUGGGAGCUCAGGAGGCAGUGCUGCUGCAGUGUCAUCUUUCACGUGCUUUGCGGCACUGGGUUCUGAUACAGGCGGAUCCACCAGAAAUCCAGCUUCUCUCUGUGGAGUUGUCGGGUUGAAGCCAACCUAUGGCCUAGUUUCCCGUCAUGGUCUUAUUCCACUUGUUAACUCUAUGGAUGUACCGGGCAUUUUAACAAGAUGUGUAGACGACUCAGCCACCAUAUUGGGUAUCCUUGGUGGCCAUGAUCUGAAAGACUCUACGACCGUGCAGGACCCCUUUCAGCCGUUUCAGCUGCCCAGUUUGACAGAGCUGAAAAAUCUUUGCAUAGGCAUACCAAAGGAAUACAAUGCACCGGGACUGUCCCGUGAAACACUGAUGCUCUGGUCCAAGACAGCUGACCUUUUUGAGAAAGCUGGUGCCAAUGUGGUUGAGGUGAGCCUCCCCCACACCUCUUACUCCAUCGUCUGUUACCACGUUCUGUGUGCAGCAGAAGUAGCAUCAAACAUGGCUCGGUUUGAUGGUUUAGAGUACGGACAUCGGAGCAGUGUUGACAAAUCAACUGAAGCCUUGUAUGCAGCGACACGCAGAGAAGGCUUUAAUGAUGUUGUAAGGGGAAGAAUUCUAUCAGGAAACUACUUCUUGCUAAAACAAAACUAUGAGAAAUAUUUCCUCAAAGCCCAGAAAGUAAGAAGGCUCAUUGCCACUGAUUUUUCAAAAGUUUUCAGUUCUGGGGUUGAUGUUUUGCUCACUCCCACUACUCUCAACCACGCUGUGCCAUACAGAGAGUUCAUCAAAGAAGACAACAGGACCCGCAGUACACAGGACGACAUUUUCACUCAGGCUGCCAAUAUGGCUGGGCUGCCGGCUGUAAGUGUUCCUUCUGCCCUCUCAGAGGAAGGCUUGCCAAUUGGGCUGCAGUUCAUUGGCCGUGCUUUCCAUGAGGCACAACUUCUUACAGUGGCCAAAUGGCUUGAAAACCAAGUGCAGUUCCCUGCCAUACAGCUAGAAAGGAUAAUGGAUCAUCUUGACCUUGUCUCUCACCAGGAACAGUCUGCAUUUUAUUCAUGAAGCGUGACUGGAGGACUUAUUCAGUAAAGAGGGCGGGAGGCGAGGGAGAUUGUGGGGCAUCCAAAGCAUUGUGUUUUGAAUGUAGGUGCAAGUGACAGCUUUCUGAUUUAAGAGCUUUGAACAGAAAUAGAAGCUCAAAGCCUCCAAUAUAUUUUCUGUGCAAUGAAAUUGCCAUGAGAUGUGGAACUUGA